CAUUUUAACUCCUCAAACGCCGAGUGAUUUUGCGUGAUUUCACAGGUGCAGGUAGCCCCGUCAUCAGCUCUCUGCAGAGUGUCACCCAGAGGACUGUCGCGACUUGCCCAUGCCCCAGGUCAGCGAGCAGAGGGACCCGGACCCCGGUCGAAUGCAGGUGCCGCAGGGGAACCCGCUGCUGCUCUCGCACAGCCUGCAGGAGCUGCUGGCCAGGGACAAUGUGCAGGUGGACCUCGUCCCCGAGAAGAAGGGCCUCUUCCUGAAGCAUGUGGAGUACGAGGUUUCCAGCCAGCGCUUCAGGUCCUCCGUGCACAGACGGUACAACGACUUCGUGGUCUUCCGCGAGCUGCUGCUGCAGAAGUUCCCGUACCGCAUGGUGCCCAGCCUGCCGCCCAAGAGGGCGCUGGGAGCGGACAGGGAGUUCAUCGAAGCCCGGAGGAGAGCCCUGAAGCGUUUCAUCAACCUGGUGGCCCGGCACCCCCCCUUCUCGGAGGACGUGGUCCUCAGGUUGUUCCUGUCCUUCAGUGGCCCCGACGUACAGAGUAAGUUGAAGGAGUCGGCUCAGUGUGCUGGAGAUGAGUUCCUGAGCUGUAAGCUGGCGCCUCGGGCCAAGGACUUCCUGCCAGCCGACAUUCAGACUCAGUUUGCGGUCAGCCGGGAGCUGAUCAGAAACAUCCACAACAGCUUUUACAAGCUUCGCGACCGGGCCGAGCGGAUGGCGUCCAGGGCCAUCGACAAUGCUGCUGACCUUCUCAUGUUCGGGAAGGAAUUAAGUGCUUUAGGGUCUGACACGACCCCACUCCCCUCCUGGGCCGCUCUGAACAGUAGCACGUGGGGGUCCCUCAAACAGGCGCUGAAAGGCCUGUCCGUGGAGUUCGCGCUGCUCGCCGACAAGGCUGCGCAGCAGGGAAAACAGGAAGAGACUGACGUGGUGGAGAAGCUGAACCUCUUCCUGGACUUGCUCCAGUCCUAUAAAGACCUGUGCGAGCGGCACGAGAAGGGUGUGCUGCACAAGCACCAGCGGGCCCUGCACAAGUACGGCCUGAUGAAGAGGCAGAUGAGCGCCGCCGUGCACAGCCGCGAGCCCGAGGCCGUGGAGCAGCUGGAGUCGCGCAUCGUGGAGCAGGAGAACGCCAUCCAGACGAUGGAGCUCCGGAACCACUUCUCCCUGUACUGCCUGCACCAGGAGACGCAGCUGGUCCACGUCUACCUGCCCCUCACCUCCCACAUUCUCGGGGCCUUUGUCAACUCCCAGAUCCAGGGACACAAGGAGAUGGGCAAGGUGUGGAACGACCUGAAACCCAAGCUACACUGCCUCUUCGUGGGACCCACCAGCACCCUGACCCCACCGAGGUCCCCGAGGGACGGCCUGUCUCCUCAGUAGUGCCGAGAGGACCCGGCGCCCCCACUAAACGUCUUUCCAAAUGGUGUGUCCCUGUUUGAGUCCGUUCAGAUGGCAGCUGUCGCUGGAUGUCCUGCCAGCUGCCGCCCUCAAGCAGAAGAGCUGACGUCAGAGCUGGCGGGGCUGAGAUCCGGGUGCCAUGGCCCCCUUCCCUCGAGGGAGCAGGGCCAAGGACAUGAGUCCAGGUCUCUGAGCGCCCAUGGGAGCUGAGGCCACGUAAGGUCUGCUGCUGUUGUCCCUGACCCAGCACUGUGGCCUGCUGGUCUGGUGGGGAGAAGUGUUCAGACGUCCCGGAAUGGCUUUCUCCCAGCACCCGAAGGCAGGGCAGGGCGGCCAGGGCAGCUCUCCCAGCAGAUGGUGCCUGGGGCAUGUGCAGGGGACCCCUCCCACCCGUGUGCAGGAACAGCGGAUGGGGCUGCGUUAGCUGAGCAGGGAGGAGGAGGCCGGAGCGGCACGGAGGCAGGACUGUCCCUGUAGCCAUGGACAAGACACUGGUCAGUUAGAGUGCAGCCCGGCCGGCCGCGAGACCCGUGGACAGCCCUGGGCGGGGUGGUGCAGCCAGAGGCA